AUUUUACUGAGCACAGGACUUUUCCAGGGAGCGGCAUCGUCAUUUGCGGAAAAUAAAUUGGGUCUCUGUUCUGAGAAAAGCGCCUUGGCUGUCACUUGGCGAUGUUCUCUUUGCUGUUUUUAGAUUGGACGGACGCUUAGAGAAAGUUUUUCUGCCUGCUCUUCAUCUUCGUUUUUCCUCUCGUCCCUGUCAAUUUUUGAAGUAAACCUUUUGUAAGCACGUGGGGUGUUAUGGUAAAUGUAAAUCGUAGUGCUUUGGAAAUGGCUUAACGAAAAGGUCUCCUUUCAGAUUUGUAUGAAUUCUGUGGAGAUUCAAUUUAAAAAUUCUUAAUUGAGGAAUUGAAUUGGAAAUGAUCACGCCUUUUUUUUAACUUUUGCGCUCAUUUCAAGGACGAAUCAGCGUAGGUUGUUUUGAUUGUGAGUCAACUUGAGUGCGGGUAUAAUUGAAUUAUGAUUUGAACCAUGAGUUGUUCCAAGUUGAUAGUUAUAGCCUGUGUAUUAUUCUUUUCUUCUUUGUUACUGAAUGGGACAUAUGCUGAGGAAGAUAAUAGUAUCUUCUCAACUCAUCCAAGUGAAUCAUCAGAAAUUCCACAUGCCAACAAUAUCACAUAUUUCUAUUUUUCUACUGGUGAUAAAGUAUUUUUGGAAUGCUUAACAACUAAUGAAACAACUUUUUUACAAAUCAAAUGGUUUAAAAAUAAAGAUUUGCUCUCUACGAAUCAACGUACAAUUGUUCAAGAUGGGUCUCUUACUUUAUUAAAUCUCACUGAACAGGACCAAGCUACCUAUAGGUGUGUGGUACCCAGUAGGGAGGGCACCAAAGUAAAUGAUUUUCAUUUGUUGUUAAAAAGCCCUGAAUCUGAGACUAAAGAACCAACUGACUACAAUGGAUAUUUCCAAAAUCAAACAGCCUUAUUAGGAGAUAAUGCCACAUUAGUUUGUAAAUAUACUAUUAGUGGAAAACAUUUAGUGAUGUGGAUCAAAUACCUGGAGAUAAAUGGUAGUUAUGUUGAUGAAGCAGGCAGACCAUAUACUAAAACAAUUGAAUCUUCAUACCUUAUGGAUUCAAAUGAAGCAAAGUUAGAUUUGUUUGAUGUCUCUUUUGAGGAUGCUGGACAUUAUUCUUGUAUUAUUAAUAGUGAAGUGCAAAGCUUACAACAUGAUGCUUGGCUUACAGUUUUACCUUUAAACUAUACCAGCUAUGUGAUGCCCAUGUUUAAUGACUCAGAAUCCCUCGUGUAUGAUUCUAAACAUGGUGUAUUUCUCAACAAGCCUCCAGUUUUCCUUCAAAAUCUCACAGAUGAGAAUAUUGUGAGCAGAGUUGGAUCAACAUUGACAUUAGAAUGCCCUGUUAUGGGGGAUCCUCCACCCAAAAUAUUUUGGUCUAAAGAUGGCAAAGAUAUCAAAAAGAAAAGUCAAAUAAUUUUGAAGAAUUGGAAAUUGAAAAUAGACAUUCUUAAGUUGGAAGAUGUUGGGAAAUACACAUGCUUUGUAAACAAUACUGAAGGCAGCAUUGAACAUACUUUCACUUUAGUUGUGACUGAUCCAAUUCGACCUCCUACUUUACUCAAACGCCAUAAGAUGAUAUCGUUUGUUGCGCUGCCAGCUGGACAGUCAGAAACAUUGCGAUGUGUGGCAGAUGGUAAUCCUAAACCUGAAAUUAAAUGGUAUAAAGAUGGUCAAGAACUUAAAAAAUCAGAUCGUGUUCAGUUUAAAAAAUGGCAAUUAAACCUUGAUCAUUUGACUGUGAGAGAUAAUGGAGUCUACACCUGCAUUGUUUGGAAUGAAUUGGGGGAAUUUAGUUUCAAUUAUACUUUAGAAGUUGCUGAGCGAUUGCCUCAUCGUCCUAUAAUAAAAGAGAAUCACCCUGGAAAUCAGACAGUAUAUAUUGGAGAAACUGUUACAUUUCAAUGCAAAUAUAUAAGUGAUCUCCAUCCAGCAUUGUGGUGGGUGAAAUAUUAUGAGGUGAAUGGCAGCCAUUAUGAUGAAGAAGGUUAUUUAAAUGCAAGGGCAGUAUUUUCUACAGAUCCCAACAACACCAAUCAUGAUUAUCUUAUAUUGAAAAAUGUUACUUACGAAGAUGCUGGACGAUAUGCCUGUUUUGUAUCCAAUACAUUCGGAGAAUCUAAGCAAGAUGCAUGGUUAACUGUUUUACCACCUGCUGUUUUAAAAAAGCCACAGUUUCCAUCAAUCUGGGUUGUUUUUAUAUCAUGUGCAUCAAUUUUAUGCCUUGCUUCCCUAUCUUUGUGCUUUUGUUAUUAUCGACAAAAACAAGAGAAACGAAGGUUAAAGCUGCUGGCAAGCAAACCUGUUAAUGUAUAUUUAAGAAAGAGAGUAAUUUUGGAACCACAGGGUUCUGGAAGUACUCAAAAUUUAAUGGCUCCUUUGGUGAAAAUACAACCAUUUGAAUCUGAAUAUCAUAAUGAUUCUACGGCUACUUUAGAAUACGAGUUUCCUGUUGAUCCUGUGUGGGAGCUACCUAGGGAAAACUUGGUUUUUGGAAAAGAUCUUGGUAGAGGAGCAUUUGGACAAGUAAAACUUGCUGAAGUGAUGACUGUGUGGGGAAAACCAUUAAUGGUUGCAGUAAAAAUGCUGAAAGAUGGUUAUACAGAUCAAGACAUGAUAGAUUUAGUAUCUGAAGCUGAGAUAAUGAAAACAGUGGGGAAGCAUCCUCAUAUCAUUAAUUUAUUAGGUUGUUGUACUCAAAAUGGACCAUUGUAUGUUGUAGUUGAAUAUGCAGCGAAUGGAAAUUUAAGAGAUUACCUUCGUAUUCACAGACCUGUGCCAGGUUAUGAAAUUUCUAACUCUGAAAGAGAAUUAAUAUCUGAAAAAUGUUUGGUAACUUUUGCAUAUCAAAUUGCUAAAGGAAUGGAAUAUUUAGCUUCCAAAAAGUGCAUUCAUCGAGACUUGGCUGCUAGAAAUAUUCUUGUGAUGGAAGAUAAAAUGCUUAAGAUUGCUGAUUUUGGUUUCGCAAGAGAUGUCCAUGAAAAUGAAUACUACAGAAAAAGGAAAAAUGGGUUACUUCCAAUCAAAUGGAUGGCGAUUGAAUCUUUGAUUGAUAGAAUAUACACUUGCCAAAGUGAUGUGUGGUCAUUUGGAGUUCUGAUGUGGGAAAUAAUGACACUUGGCGGAUCACCCUAUCCCACUCUUCCAUCUGAGAGGCUCUUUGAUUAUUUGAAGAAUGGUCAAAGACUAGAAAAACCAACUGGGUGCAGUAUAGAAGUGUAUUCACUAAUGUUAGAUUGCUGGAGAGCACAUGCUGGUGAUAGACCUACAUUUUCAAUUUUAGUCAGAAAAUUGGAACAAUUAAUCCUGAAAUCAUCUGAUGUGGAAUAUCUUUGUUUGGAUUAUGAAUAUGAAGAAUCUACCAGCAUAUCAACAGAUUCUGAUAGUGAUUCAGAUUCAAAUAACGUUUGAAUGGAACUGUAUUUGUUUUGUCAGUAUUUGUGCACAUUUAAAGAUCUCAGGAUUAACAGUUAUUUUCUGAACAUUUACUAGGUUGAAAGCAACAUGUCUGUGUAAAUAUAGUUGUGUGUCAUUUUUAUAAUUAGGAAUAUAAAUAACAAAUUAUACUGCACAGACAAAAGUCAUUUGUAAAACCAAUAUAAGGUAAACAACCAUUGUAAGUUUUUAGCUUCUUCAUUGUAUUAUAAAUCAUUAGUUUAGUUAUUAACUAUUAAAUCUGAAAAAUAUCUCAUUUUGCAGAAUCUCAUGCUACAGAAUCUAAAUUUUUAUAAUGUGUUUGUUGUAAUUUAUACUUUUUAAUUUUUCUAGCAGCUUUGAUUUUUUUUUAUAAGAUGUAUGAGUAGCUUCAUGAAAGACUAUGUUAUUUGAAUAAAUGUAGUGUAUUUAUGUGUAUAAUAUUUGCAUCUUUUUUGUGAAAGACAAGCCACUCUGUGAGUUUAUGUUUUUUUUCUCCAAACAAUCAUUAUUUUGUUAUAAAAAAUUAUGAUGAUCGGACAAGCUAAUAUUGACAUUGUUAGCAUAUUGAAUCAUUAGAACUUUUUUGUGAUAGAUUUAAGUGUAAGUUAAACUUAUUUGAUCAAAUUAGAAUAGAAAUAACAUUUGUAUGUGUUACUUGAUCAAAUAUUUGCAUCUUUUUAUUUGUUUUAAGAUAAACCACCUGGUAAGUGUAUGUUAUUGUUAGAAGAAAUAUAAAUUUGUGAUAAGAAAUCUAACAAUGGUUCAUUGGACAUUCUUUUUUCUUGACUUUGUUAGCUCCUUGAAUCAUGGUAACAUUUUUGUAGCCUGUUUAAGCAUGUGUUAAAGUUAUUUGAUCAAACUAAAAUAGAAAUGUUAUUUGAGGUAAUCAAAACAUAUUUAUAUUAUAUGAUCAAAUAUUUGCAUCUUAUUUCUGAAAAAAGAGCCAUCUGAGGUGAUGUUAUGGUUUGAAUGAAAAUAAUUUAUGUGAUAAAAUAUUAUGAUUUCACAAGCUGACAGGAGCAUUUCUACUUUGUAGAAUCAUGAUAUUUUUGUGACAGGUUAUUUGAUCAAAUUAAACUAGCUCAUAUAAAUGAGCAGACACUGUACUGAUCAAUUCAAAAGUGUGUUAAUUGUAUAUAUGUGAUAGCUGGAAACUUUCCGCAUGAACCAAAGAUAAUGACAUUUAUGUACCUGAUGAUGUUUAAUAUUUGUGGUGUUAUAAUAAAUCUGAAUUAGGAAAUUCAGAUAUUUCUAAUGUGCAAUAUAAUUAAAAAUUAUAGUAACAAUAUGAUUGCAAUUCUAACACUUUAUAUUUCUUUUUUUAAAGUUUUAAUUCUAUAACUUUAAAAUAUUGUAUUUUGGUGCCAUUUGUCUUUGUGUUAGUACCAGAGAAUUAUAAAGUUAUCAAAUUAUGCUAAUUUUAUAAUUUUUCUACUUCAAUAGUUGUUUUAAAUAAAUACAGUUGAAUCUCAUUAAUGUCAACUUGUAGGGAUACAUAAAAAUUUUUCAUGAUUAAAGCAGUCCACUUUAUAAAUUUAGAUGCUUUUUUUUUCAUAAAAAUUGUUUAAUACACAAAAAUUUGAUAUUGACAAUAUAUAACAUAGUUUUAAAAUGGAAAUAACUUUUUCAAGUAUGUAGAAUAAUUUAUAUUUUAUGUCAAUAAAAAAAAAAGUAUUUUUAUCACAAUUUUAAAUCAUUUAUAACUUGAAAAGGAAAAAUUGGAUUUAAAAUCAAAAAGUUAAAAAAAAAUGUGUUGUUCAUUUUACACAAAUAAAUGCUGACUGCCAAACCACAUUAUUCAUUUAUAAAAUUCAUAUGAAGAUAAAAAAUUUCAUAUUUUUUUUUAAAGAAAUGUGUGAAUUAGUACUAGAGAUUUCUCUGAAUAACCCAUGUGUGAAGAAUUCUGAUGACAUAUUUAUCCAAGGAUAUGGAAGUUUUUUGAGAAAACAUUUACAUGAAAUUAUCCUAACACUGGCUAAAGAAGACUAUUCAUAUUAAAAGCACCAAAAGAACUUAUCCUGUUAGAUAAGAAUGUUGGUUCAGCCUUUCCAACAAAUUGGUUCCAAAAACCAUUUGCACAUUGUUUGGUAUUAUUACUCUAACAAAGGGAAUAUUUUUCAGAAAUACUUAAUAGAAUUAUUAAUUUUCUUACUGAAUUUUAUUAUCUGAGUGAAUAUAAAUUUUCUGAUCACAUUUAAAGCUAAGUUCCCCUAGAAAGAUAUUUUACAUUAAGUGUAUUCAUUGUAUAAGUGUUUAAAAACAUUGUAUCUGCGUACAAUUUUGAAUACUAGUUCAUAUUAAAACAAAUUCAGGUUAAGUAUGUUUACGAGAUUCAACUGUAUCUUUAUUUUAUGACUAAUUAGUUUCAUGUCUUGUUUUUCAAUAAAUGUCAGAAAAAAUAUGCUAGAAAUUGUAUUUAAAUGUUUGGUUUUUGUAUUUAUGCCAAAAAAAAUAAUUUUUUUUUUCAUAAUCUGUAACAUAUGUUUUUGUGUCAGAAUACAUAUAUAGAAGAAGGCUAGGUGCCAAAGAUAGCAAUAUUUAUUUGUUAUAUUAUUAAAUGUUUGAUUUUAUGCGUUUUAAAGAAAAAAGAGGCAAUUUAAUACAUAUUUACAUUACUGUGAAUUUGUGUCUAUAAGUGAUUAUGAUUUCUUAUUAUAAUUAGGAAAUUGUUAAUACAUUGCUAAUUUUACUUCUAUUUGCGUUAUGGCUGCUUUAAGUUCAGCAAUUUUUUAAUACCUUUCAUUGUUGCAUUUAUUAUUUAUAAUUUUGGAAUUUUACUGUUUUAAAUCAUUCGUGAAUUUCAUAUUUUGUUUGUGUUCCCCUAUUUCAUUGAAAUGUUUAAUCAUAAAAACUGGAAUUUACAGAAGCAAGCAUAUAAUUUGAAAUUGGUUUAAAUAACAAAUAAUAGUUUAAAAUAAUUUGGCUAGUCUCAUCCUAUGCAAUGAGAGCUUUUAGCCACUGAGUCAUCGCAACUCAGUAAUAUUUCUUAAAAUCAUUUCAUUAUUCUGUCUUUAAAUACUAUAUCAAAAGUAUUAAAUUGCUUACAAAUAUUUGAAGUCAAAAACAAGUUUUUGAAAAUCUAUAUAAUUUUAUUUUUUUCUGUUAACAUUCUUGAUUUUAUUUUUUUGAAAUUUAGGUUUAUUAGGUAAUAAUUUGUAUAUUUAGCAAACAGUUAUGUUUUAUUUGUGGGAAGAUUUUUGUAGUCGGCUGCAGUCUAAUUCAACUGCAAUAUUAUAUUAUUGAAAUGAAUAAUAAUUAUUUUAUAGAUAUGUUUAAAGUACGUAUGUUGUGUGUUAAAGCUGAUUAUUGGUGCUUCAAGUAACUGAAAAUAUUUUUUAUGUUUCAAAUCAAAGUUGUGAAUUUAAAUUUGCCUGUUAAGUGUUCUAAUAAUGUUAUACAUUAAUGUGCCUCUUGUAUUGUUAAGAUACUGAAAUAGCAGCCAAUACAUAUUAUAUUUUAUUAGCAUUAAAUGAUUAGCUGUUUAUAAAAUGAGUGCAUCUAUUCUUAUAAGUAUUUUUAAUUUCCAUAUUUUUUUCUUCAAAAUAUUUUAUAAUCGCAAAAAUACAUUUUUAAAAAGGUCAAUAAAAAUUUUUAUUCCAGUUAUUGUCUUUUUUCGGGAUUUCAUAAUUAGAAAAGAAUUUUCUAAACAUUUGUUUUGUAUAUAUUUUAUGUCUUGACUUUUUAUUAAAGUAAAAUAAUUUGUAAACAUGUUGAAUAAAGUUACAAAUUGUAAACAAG